AUGUCUCUGUCGCGGUCAGCAAGCGGCCCGGGUGGUUUGACGAUCAACACCGGUGCUGCAAACUCUGUGGCCGCCGCGCCGUCCCAACCGCCAGCAGCCGGGGGCCUGUUGGGCGCCGGAUUGGCAAACGCCGCCGCAAGCACUGGAGGCAUGGCAGCGACGGGCGGCUUGUUCGGCGGUGCGCAACAGAAACCGGCCUCUGGAUUGUUUGGGGGUGCCACGAGCGCUGCAACGGCGCAGCCGACCACGAGCGGCGGGCUUUUCGCAAGUGCAAACACCACACAGCAGCCGAGCCAACAGAGUUCCGCCGGCGGUCUCUUUGGAAGCAGUCAGCAGCAGACCCAGCAGUCGGCUGCUGGAGGUCUUUUCAGCAACGCCGCGAAUCAAGCGCAGCAGCAGCCACAGCAGCAGACCGCCGGAGGCCUCUUUGGCACCGCUGUCGCUCAGUCACAGCCACAGCAGCAGCAAGCUGCCGGUGGUCUCUUCGGCGCGCAGUCGAUCCAACAACAACCACAAACGCAGAACCCCGGAGGAUUAUUCGGCUCCGCCAUCACCAGCACACAACCGGCGGUCAGCGGGGGGCUUCUUGGGCAGGCACAGGCAAAGCCUGCCGGUGGUCUACUCGGCCAAAGCCAACCGCAGUCGAGUCAAUUUAUUACCCAGAUGCCGGCAGUCCCGAUCAACUACGACAAUAUCCGCCCUCGCACGAGAUUCGACGACCUCGCACAGCCGGUUCAGGACGAGAUUUCUCUCAUCGACAAGGGCAUCCAGCGGGUGAUAAAGAUGAGGGACGAGAUAGGACAGUUCAUGCCGCAGCACGGAGAAGACAUCGAUCAGCUUGGACGCGACGUCAAGUUUGUCGAAUUCAAGUUCCGGACGGUCCAAGUCGCCCUGAACCGGGACAUCCAGACGGUCAAGGUUCUGCAAGACAUGACGAAGAAGAACAUCGCCGAUGCCCAACUAUCGUUCAAGGCCACCGACAACCUGAAACUUCCCGCCCACUAUCACCAGACGGGUCUUUUCGCCGGUCCCCCGCCACCUUCCGACACCAACGCGACGGAUGCUUCGUUUGCGCAUGCGAGCGCGCAGGAUCUGAUUACCUACUUCAAUCGCGUGUGCGACGAUGUCGAAAAAUACAAGAAGCGGCUGGACGAGUACCGUGGCGAGAUUGAACGCGACAUGCCCGGCGUCGAAAACGGCCUGUACGAACAAAUAAGGGCCUUUCGAGACAGGAAUCAGGUUGCGAGCGGAAGCGUGCAGGAUCAGCUUAGCCAGGUGCUGUCGGCCCUCCGAGAGACGGGCAACGCGAUAGUCGCCCAGGCAGGUCAGAUUGCCGAUACAAGAGAGCGCCUUUCGAGGUUGCAGGCGGGCAUCCUGGACUCGGGCGUGUACGCGAUAGGGAUAAACGCGUGA